CGCAUACCCACAGAACUUUAACUAACUAACCUCUGUUGCGAGUCAGUAAACGGUUAACGAAUAUACAUUAUCAAUUACAAACCGAGUACACGGAUCCGGCACAUAACAUGCUCCUACAUACCCCGCCGACACACGUUCCUGCAGUCGUCUCGCUCACCGCCCGAGCGCAACCGACCGAACGGGAAAACAGACAUUUUACAACGCCAACACACUUCACCGACGCCUCUAAAGCCUUCACAUAAAGUUCAAUUUUCCGUGGCUCGAGACGGAGAUGCAUCAACACGCUUCAAAUAGAACGCAACACGGAAAAAGGAAAGCGUUCGAAAUGAAGCGCGGCGAUUGGGCGAUGCGCGCCAAUGGCGGCGACGGGCGGGGCCGGCGCGCAUGCGCGGCGGCGCGCGGCGCGCGCGCACAUGUCCCGCUCGCGCGCCGCUCGGCGGACGCAUGCGUAGCUCGGUGGUGUGUGCAGUGAAGUGAUCAUGCUUGGCGGCAUGGACGGCAAGGAGUACGGCGCGCUGCACGCGGCAGCCGCCGCCGCCUCCUACGCCAUGGACACGGGUACGUCUUUCGCCCGAGAAAGCCUGGACCACGCACUAGAUCCGAGUGGCGGGUCACUAGGCGGCGGCGUCGGUGGCUCGCAGCAAUAUGGCGAAGUGAAUCAGCUGGGUGGAGUAUUCGUCAACGGUCGACCGCUACCCAACGCAGUACGGCUGCGGAUAGUGGAACUGGCACAGUUGGGCAUCAGGCCCUGCGACAUCAGCCGGCAACUUCGAGUGUCACAUGGCUGUGUAUCAAAGAUCCUGGCGCGGUACCACGAAACGGGGUCAAUUCUUCCUGGUGCUAUUGGAGGCUCUAAGCCCCGCGUUACGACGCCCAAGGUGGUGUCCUACAUAAAGCAACUAAAAGCAAAAGAUCCCGGCAUAUUCGCGUGGGAGAUCCGCGACCGGCUGCUCGCGGACGGCGUGUGCGACAAGUACAACGUGCCCUCGGUGUCGUCCAUCAGCAGGAUCCUGCGCAACAAGCUGGGCGGCGCGCUGUACCCGGUGCCGCCGCUGUACCCCGUGCCGCCGCAGCGCUGCUGGCCGCUGCACCAGCCCUACGACUAUUACGUCUACCUCCAGGGCCGGCAGCACGCCGGCGCGCCGCACGGGCUGCAUCCACACCAACAGCCCGCGCCGCCGCACCACGCGCACGCGCUCUGACCCGCCGCGCCCGCGCACCCUCACCGCGCCACCGACCACGACCGGUGACCAAUUGAGAACCAGAGGGUGACUGGUUGACCACCCUUCUUGCUCCACCGAUCACGACCAGUGACCGACGACCGACUGGCAACCAGAGGGUGACUUGUUCAGAAGUUCAGAACCCUAACCGCGCCACCGACCGAAUCGGUCACCGAUGGAUAACCAGCACCCUUACCGCUCUAGUGACCGACCCGACCAUAGGCAAAUUGCAUUGGCAGGUUAAGUGAGGAGAAAGAGACCGACAAUGAUAGCCCUUGCGUGGGUGAGGACACUAAGACCGAUGCAAGUUUGUGACAUGUUGGCUGCAGGCAACAACAAAACGGAUCGGAAACGCCCACAGAAUUACAUUACAUUGUAAUCUUUGCACAGCGCUGCUGUAGACAGUUCGGUUCAUA